AAAGAGGGGAAUGGCACACUCCAAGCUACGCCUAGCAGUGAUGGCUCUGUUAGGUCUUUGUAUGCUCCAUGUUCUUCUGAGUUGGCAUUCUAAAGACCUGAUGCAAGCUCCUGUGCAGAAAGUAUACGUCUACAAUUAUAGCCUGAACAUUACAAACGUCUCCUAUCCCAGCCUGGCCACUAAUGAACGCGAGAUCUCUCUGAUCAACAUUUCUUCCAGUUUCAGGAGAUUUAUCCCCGAGAAGAACAGUUUCUGGAACCACAGGCAGCACCAGAUGUUGCAGCUGCUCGACCGCCUGUUGCUCAAUGGCACCUCCUCCUACAGCCCCUCGUCAAACUGCAUCGAGGCCGGGAUGGGGCCUGCGGUGCUCGAGGCCUACUCCUUCUCCGAGUCCCACGGGGACUUCCUGCGCUACAUGAACUGCAAGGACUACCUCCAGCGAAUCAACCACCCAGACAAGUGUGAUAAUAGCACCUUCUUGCUCCUUGUGAUCAAGUCCAUAGCCGCGAACUUUGAGAGAAGGCAGGCCAUCCGCGAGACCUGGGGUAAAGAGGGCACCGUGGACGGUGUCCAGGUCCGUACCAUCUUCCUCCUGGGCUCGGCGUCCAACGUGGGCGAUGGCCCUGACCUCUGGAGGCUGCUGGAAUUGGAGGACAGGCUGUACGGGGAUCUCCUCCAGUGGGAGUUCAAAGACACUCUGUUUAACCUCACCUUGAAGGACUACCUGUUCCUCAAGUGGGCCACAGUCCACUGCCCGCACGUCCGGUACAUCUUCAAGGGGGAUGACGACGUGUUUGUUAACACACCCGUCAUGGUGGCGUACUUGAAGUCACUGAGCAACAAAAGCAGCCAGCUGUAUGUUGGACAGACCAUCGUGAAUGCCACGCCACUCCGAGACAAGAAAAGCAAGUACAGCGUUCCCAAAUCCUUCUACGAUGGGGCCUACCCAGCUUACGCUGGUGGUGGGGGGUUCCUGUACUCGGGGAACCUGGUCAGAUCGCUCUACAUCAUUUCUCACUAUAUCCCAUUCUUUCCCAUCGAUGACGUUUUCACUGGGAUGUGCUUCAUGGCACUCGAGGUCAGCUCACUGCAUCACCCGGGCUUCCAGACAUUUGACAUCGAGCCCAAGCACCGAAACAAUCCCUGCGCCCACACCAAACUGAUCCUCGUCCAUCAGCGCAGCCCCAGGCAAACCACCCUACUCUGGAGAGCUCUGCACAGCCCAGACCUCAAGUGCUAGUGUCUUCCCCCACCCAUGCCUCCAGCCAAGGAGACGAUCAUCCUUUCCCCAAAGCAUCAGCUGUGAAGUGGUUUUCUGAAAGAUUCCCACUGACUCCCACUUUGUUUUCCUCCCUGUCAGAGCUGCAGAUUCCUGAAAAUAGGAGAAAUUUUCCACUCUCUGAAAGCUGAUGGUAUAAAAGACAUGCCUGCAAAAGGUGUAGCUCAAGCUAACAGGGUGUGGCUGCUUCAAGAUCAAUCAGAUACUCUUCAGCUCUUCCAGUUCUGAUGAAAGGUCGUCCAACUCAUAUGAUAACUUUCUUUACAAGCGCUGCUUGCUCUGCUGAGAGGCGGCAGCAUUUUUUGCAAUUAGAGGUAUAAUUGGGAAGCAAAUGGUAUACAACUGGGAGUACACUUUCUAUGUGAUAUAAGAGGCAAAUCUGGGAUGCCUUGUUGCACAGUGGUAGUGUCCGUACCUCUGAUCCAGGAAGCCUGGACUCAAAUCCUACCUGCUCCAGAGGUAUGUACUAACAUCUCUGAAUAGGUUCAUUGGAAGAUCUCUUAGGAGAACACGUUAUUGUGUAGGGGCUCUUGUGGUGCAAUAGUAGUGUCUCCACUCUGAGCCAGGAGGCCUUGAUUCAAGUCCCUGCUGCACUAGAGGUGUGUCAUAACGUCUCUGAUCAGGUUGAUUUUUUAAAAAAGUGUGCUGUUAUAGAAUGUUUCUGGGUGGUCUUGUGGUGCAGAGGUAGUGUCCCUGCCUCUCGGUCUGAAGCACUAGGUUUGAGUCCCACAUCAGGCUAUGAUGGCUAUGGCAGGAGCAUUUGUGAUAUGGUCUAAACUGGUAGUUAGCCUGGGAGUUCUUCCCACUUCUUAAUAAAAAGAGGAAUAAAAACCACCAGCUUAAGGAAGAAGAGAUAACACAGUAUGGAUCUGGAGGAGCACAGGAGGCUAGGCAGCAUCAGAGGAGCAGGAAAGUUGAUGUUUCGGGUCGGGACCCUUCUUCAGAAAAUAGCUUAAGGAAGAAUCUUUGAAAAGGUUGUGUCCUUCAAGACAGGCUGAAUUGAACUUGCUGCCUGCCUGCUUCUUGGCUUUUUGUAGAGUCACCGGCUCCCUGUCUGGCCUAUGUUUGUAGUUCAUCAAAGAAAUCAUGUGGCUCAGUAGGCAGCUAACCUGUCUAUGAGGUAGAAGCUUUGGGUUCAAGAUCCAUUCAGGAUGCGGCUCAAACAGGUAGAAAAUUCUUUCCACCAUUUCAAGGGCAAUCAGGGAUGGGUGAAGAAAUUAUAGCCUUGUUAGGGAUGUACUGUCCAAAGAACCAAAUGACCCUGUACUUUGAUUGAGAAGAGUUUUUGACACCAGCUUCUCUGCCCUUGUGCAGCCAGAUGGGGUGCAGGCAAGGGAAAAAUUAGAUUUCUCUCAGUUGUGUGACGGGUCCCCCUCAAGUAACGUUUCCUAUAUAUCUCACCUCUUGGUCGAUAAUGGCCAUCUGCUUUUUGGCCAUUGAACCAAUGUACUAGGGAGGGUCCAACAUCCUGAGAAGGAUAAAUAAGUGGCUGGGUAGGUUCAGUGAAAGGAAUACCUAGAUGUUCAUCAUCUGUGAGAUUACGCUCGGGAGAAAUGAAUGAGUCACCAAGAAGGAGGUUUAUAAAGAUUUUGAUGCUGAACUGCACCAAACCAGUGACAGAAUGUGACCAGAGAUUACCAAAGGUUUUUUUUUGUUAUUUGUUAAUUAAAUUGAUUAUUUGAUUAAAAUCUGUGUAUUUUA